AUGUCGAUACCCCUCCCGCCCGUCGAGCUCGAGGGCCACUGUUCCACCAUUGUCGACAACACCCUAUACGUCCUCUCCCCCACCGCCUUCCAAUCACUACCGCUGCAGAAACACGCGCAAUGGGCGGAAGAGACGGCCGGCGUGGGAGUGACGGGCCCGGCGUGUGUCACCAUCUUCCCUAAUGGCACCGACUCCCAAGCCCAGCUGUGGGUCAUUGGCGGCACGAGCAGCAACAGCAGCUACGAAGGCGUGCAGGUCUACUCGUUUGCCAACAAGUCAUGGCAGUCCAUCGACUCGCCUGUCCCGGUCAUGCAGGGCCGAGUAAACCACACCGCCGCCUACUUGCAGGACUCGCAAUCCAUCGUCGUCUAUGCUGGAGCGCAGCAGAAUGCCCCGACUGUGCUUUCGUCAGAGACGUUUGUCAUCCCCACCCAGCCUCCUUACACCAUUCAAGCCUACACCUCCAACGCGCCUACGGCGAACAUGCCCAUCUUGCAGCCGUGGGAUACGGGCUCGGUCGUCAUGGUCGGCGGCUCGGUGCUCAAUACUCAGAUCUCCCUGUUCAGUCCCCAAGGUGGCUGGCAAUUCCUCUCCGCUACCCUUGAGACCCCUCUGAACCCCGGCGCGAGAGGAAUACUCGUCGAUGGGAGCGACGGCAGCAAAGUGCUGGAAGUCUACGACGCUAAUGUGUCCCCGAAUUACGUUGCUCAAGUCGUCUUGCUGGGCGCUGGUGGCGCGGCUGCGUACACAGGCGAGAAAGUGGGCAAUGGCACGGCGUCUCGAAAGCGACAACAAGGACUCACUCUGAGUAAUUGGCCUGCCUACAACAGCCAAAACGCGCCGAGCGCAAUACGGACAGACUUCUCGGUGGCCCAAGGUUCCAGUGGGCUCGCCGUCCUCGCUGGAGGCAACAGCCAACAGCCGGUUGCCAUCUUCAACCAAGAUCAGAAUUCCUGGGUUGACGCGAGUAAAUUCUUCGAUUCGCACACCCAACAACCGCUCAAACCGAGCACGACAUCAUCACUACACUCUACGAAACCCACAUCUUUACCUACCGCAACAUCAUCACCAUCCACAACGUCCACAGCGGCACCAUCGGGCUCUGGCCUAUCACAACAUGAUCGCACGCUGCGCCUACUGGGUAUUAUCCUCGGAGUGUUGUGUGGCAUUGCGGUCAUUUUUAUCAUCAUCCUCCUUUUGCUGCGGUGGAGAAGACAAAAGAAGCGAAGGGCAGAGGGGUGGGUGGAUGAGAAGAACGACCAGCACAUGAGUUUUCAAGAUCGCGGGACCUCGUUCAUGAAGGAGACCGGGGAAGGUGCGGCGGGCGUGGCCAAUGCGCCAUGGAGACAGUCGAGAAAUGGCUCACGCAACUCCCUCGUCGACCGAUUCAACAAGCGUCUCAGCAACAAGCGCACCCCUAGCGGCCACAUGCCCAAGAGCAGUUUCGACAGCACCUCCAACCUGGUGGACAAUCGGCAAGCGAGCGAUGCCGUCGAGUUGGCCGAUAUUGAGAAGCCUCCCCUGGCGCGUAAGAUGACGCCACGGAUGGAACGCAGCGAUCGACCUCCCACCGUGCAAUACGGGCCCAACCUCACCCCCGAGGACGCACGCGACACCCCUACACGCGCGAACAGGAAUAGGAGUUCGGGGUGGUCGAAGUAUUUCGCCACCACCGUACCCUCAGGGCCUAACGGGCUCUCGCACAUUCCUUCCGCCUACAAGAAGAACGCCGCCAACGUCACUCCCAUCAAGCAGCACCCUCCCAGCGACGGAUCCACCUAUUCCGUGGACAGGAUAGCGUCUCAGCACUCGCGAAUCCCAUCAUCAACACUCGCCCCGGCACUCGUGGACUUCUCCAAAUCCAUCGAUGGCAACCCCGUGUCGCAUGUCAACAUGGGCUCGCCGUCCUUCAGCAAUUCACAUGACGACUUUGCCCAACGCGGCUCCAGGACUGAUGGGCAGGAGGGUCUCAUUGUCGAUCCGGGCCGGCGUCGCGACUCGCAAUCAGAGAGCGUCAGCUCCUACAACCAGUCCGCGCUUAGCAGUGCGAGGACCAGCGAGUACCUCAGCGAAAGUGGCGCGAUGCCCUGGAAUCCCACCGACCCGUCGACAUUCAAAGACCACGUCAACUCCCGGCCGCCCAGCAAUGUCUUGGACGAUGCGGAGAGACGUGUGCCGUCACGCAGCGGAGCGGAUUUCCCCUUUUGGCACGGUAGUGGCAACAAUUCGUACCGUCCUCCGCGGUCAUCGAGGUCGACAACGACUAAAGAUGGUUUCCUAGCGGCCCCGAAUACGCCGGCCGCCGCUCCCCCUGCUCCUGUUGCCGGAGCAUCAGACGACGCCGACCGCCACAUUACCGUCUGGCCCAAAUACAUCCCUUCUGCAGACUACUCCAAACCCGCCGAGCAGGCCGCAGCAGCAGCGCAGGCCGAAGCGGAGGAGCUCGUGGGCGCUCGGUCCGCCUGGCCUGUGCCACCUACCAGCGCCAACAGACCUGCCCUCGCUCCUGCACCUCUACAGCCGCGUGCGAACGUCUCGGUUUUCCCGAACGUGGCCGCGCAGCCGGGUUCCUAUGCGCGGGGCCAUCAACCGCAGCUGUCGCAGUCGCAAAAGCCGACGCCGAAUUCGGAUCUGGGGUGGUUGAAUUUGGGGCUGGGGAAUGGGAGUCAGAACCGGCUGUGA